AUGCAGAGAGGCCGAGAGGGUGGGAUGGAUGCGGAGGGGCCGAGGGGGUGGGAUGGAUGCAGAGAGGCUGAGGGGGUGGGAUGGAUGCAGAGAGGCCGAGAGGGUGGGAUGGAUGCGGAGGGGCCGAGGGGGUGGGAUGGAUGCGGAGGGGCCGAGGGGGUGGGAUGGAUGCGGAGGGGCCGAGGGGGUGGGAUGGAUGCGGAGGGGCCGAGGGGGUGGGAUGGAUGCGGAGGGGCCGAGAGGGUGGGAUGGAUGCUGAGAGGCUGA